GUUCUAAGAAAGCGGAAGGAUUAAGCUCCAGUGUAGUUUGUGUACUUUGGUGUUUAACGUUCCCCUGUUUAACAGGACAAAACCCACCCCACCCCAACUUUAGUCGUUUAGCUAGCUAGCGAAGACCUUUUCACACCAGAUCUGACAUUGUUAUAUACGGAUUUCUGGAGAAAACAAUACUGAAUGUAAGUAAGUAGUGUAUUGCAUUGCAUGAAUGAAUUGAAUUGACAGUUUCUAGUAGCAUGCUAGCAACCUAGCUUAUCUGAAUGCACAAUGUGACUGGCUAUGAAUAUAUCAGAUUGUUGAAUGGUAAAACAAUCUCUACAUUUCACAAUAUUUCAGAUUGACUUCGCCAUGGCCUGUAGUCCACCCCCCAAUUUCUCCUGGGUCGAACCUAACAAGUUGGCAGGACUGGCGUUCCCUCGAAUGACUGCCCACUACCAAUACCUUCUAGACAAUGGCAUUCAACACUUGGUCUGCUUGUGUGAGAAAAAACCACCCAACUAUGAUACUGUUCCAGGAGUGAAACUACACCACAUCAAUAUAAUAGACUUCACCCCACCAACUCCAGAACAAAUUCAGAGGUUUCUGUCCAUUGUGGAGGAAUCAAACGCCAAAGGCGAAGUAAGGGUUCAGUUAAGAAGUAUCCAGUUACCCAUUAUUCAGUGAAUACUUACUUCUGUUCUAACACAUGAAACCAAAUGAACAUUGACCACUGAGUUCAGUGUAACAGGUGAACACAGCUAAUUAUUCUCAACCAUUGAUGUAUAUUAACAUAUAGCCUUCUGUAUCUCUAUCUAUGUAGUCAACCAUAUGUAUUUCUCUCUGCUGUAGGGUGUAGCUGUCCACUGUAUGCAUGGCCAUGGGAGGACAGGGACCAUGUUGGCCUGCUAUCUGGUGAAGACCAGGAAAAUCUCCGGCAUCGAUGCCAUCAAUGAGAUCAGAAGACUACGUCACGGCUCUAUCGAGACACACGACCAGGAGAAAGCAGUGGUGCAGUUUUACCAGCGCAUAAAAUAACUUUGUUUAAAUAUUUUACGUUUAAAUAAUGUUUAGAGGGGAAAUCACCUAUCCUGUACUGUACACAUCUGUAACUUGACAAAUUGAAGUGGCCAAAUGUUAAAUGUGGCCACAUUUUAUAUAUUGUAGCUGUAUCUCUUCUUUAAAGCUGCUACUCAGGGUUUGGACUACACGUGGACUUUUUAGGAGUGACUAUUUUUAACACUAGGAGGGUGUCCUGAGUUGUAAGGAAAGUAUACGGUACAUCCGCAAUGUAUACCAUGACUGCUGUGCUUCUGCCUCUCCAUUGCUUGCUCUUUGGGGGUUUAGGCUGGGUAACUGUAAAGCACUUUGUGACAACUGCUGAUGUAAAAUGGGCUUUAUAAAACAAAUGACUGAUUUCAUUGCUGUUGAAAAUUUG